AUAGCGGGUGCUCCCCAUGGGCCGGGCCAGUCUGGGCCCAGCUCCCCCGAGAGGUGGCCGGUCCUCUGGGCUGCGCGGUCCAUACCGGUGCCACUGACCUCCAGGCAUGAGGUGGUUCCUGCCCUGGACGCUGGUAGCAGUGACCGCAGCCGCCGCCAGCGGUGUCCUGGCCACGGCCCUCUCUCCAGCCCCCAUGACCAUGGCCUCGACCCCAGCUCCACUGGAGGACACGUCCUCACGCCCCCAGUUCUGCAAGUGGCCGUGCGAGUGCCCGCCAUCUCCACCCCGCUGCCCGCUGGGGGUCAGCUUCAUCACAGAUGGCUGCGAGUGCUGUAAAAUGUGCGCCCAGCAGCUGGGGGACAACUGUACGGAGGCCGCCAUCUGUGACCCCCACCGGGGCCUCUACUGCGACUACAGCGGGGACCGCCCGAGGUACGCAAUAGGAGUGUGUGCACAGGUGGUCGGCGUGGGCUGUGUCCUGGACGGGGUGCGCUACAGCAAUGGCCAGUCCUUCCAGCCCAGCUGCAAGUACAACUGCACGUGCGUGGACGGCGCGGUGGGCUGCACGCCGCUGUGCCUCCGCGCGCGCCCCCCGAGCCUCUGGUGCCGCCGUCCCCGGCGGGUGAGCGUGCCCGGCCGCUGCUGUGACCAGUGGGUGUGCGAGGACGACGCCGGGAGGCCACGCAAGCCCGCAGCGCGCGACACGGGCGCCCUCGCGGCAACGGGUGAGGUGGAGCCGUGGCAUGGGAACUGCAUAGCCCACACCAGCCCCUGGAGCCCCUGUUCCACCAGCUGUGGCCUGGGGGUCUCCACUCGGAUCUCCAACGCCAAUAUCCGGUGCUGGCCUGAGCAGGAGAGCCGCCUCUGUCACCUGCGGCCAUGUGACGUGGACAUCCAUCCGCUCAUCAAGGUGGGGAAGAAGUGCCUAGCUGUGUACCAGCCAGCAGCACCCAUGAACUUCACCCUUGCAGGCUGCGUCAGUACGCGCUCCUACAGACCCAAGUACUGUGGGGUCUGCACGGACAACAGGUGCUGCAUCCCCUACAAGUCGAAGACCAUCGACGUUUCCUUCCAGUGUCCGGAUGGGCCCGGCUUCUCCCGCCGGGUCCUUUGGAUUAACGCCUGCUUCUGCAACCUGAGCUGUAGGAAUCCCAAUGACAUCUUUGCAGACUUGGAAACCUACCCUGACUUCUCAGAAAUUGCCAAUUAG